AUGGCUCAAGGCGCUGUCAAGCCCCGUGUCAAGGGCAACGCCGCAAAGGUCGUGCACUCGAAGCGUCAAGCCUCCAAGGUCUCGAAACCCAAGAAGACAACAAAGCAGAAUGCCGAUCGUGUAAAUCGCAAGUUCACCUCGGGCAUGGUGGCCCAGACAGAGGCCGUUUUGGGCGAGCGCGCCGGGCACUUGGAACUGAUCGGACAGGGCAAGAAGGGCAAGACCAAGGGCUUGGGCAAGGGUGGCUCCAAGAAGUUUGGUUAA